AUGUAUAUUAAUUUUAUAAGACGACCAUGUCUAAAGGAAACUCAAGCCAUAGCUUCGGACCUUCUUAGUGAGUACAGACGUAUAGGUUUUAAACUGAGGUUAGAUAUGGAAUUAAUUUGGCCGAGAUGGAUGGGGCUGUUCUGUUUAGUUGCCUUUGGAAUACAGAGUUCUAUGUCUUUCCUUACAGCUAUGAGAGAAAUUGAACAGAACUGCUUCAGAGAUGGCGGCUACUGUAUAAACACUAUUCCCCCACCCCCGCCAAGACGCAGAAAUAACAACAGACGCCGUCCAGGUGCAGCACGUGGAACAAGAACGCGCACUGGCGCUAGACCAGAUCCGAGAGCGGUUGCUUCUACUCACACUCGUCUUCCAGGUUCCAGUCAGCCGAGUGGCGGUGUUGCCCCACCACCUGCCGGUGGAGCUCCAGCCUAUACACCUGCCCAGCCAGCUUACUCACCAGCAGCAUAUGAUCCUGCAGGAGGCCCAUCCGCGCAGCCACCAGCAGCACAACAAAACAACUUUGCAGGAUUAUUUGGAAACAAUCCUAAUGACCCAUUUGGAGGUAUGCUAGGCAUGAUGAUGUUUACAAGAAAGAAGCGUCAAGCUGGUGUCCCAGAACCACAUGAACGCCCAAGAAGACGACGUGGAGAAGGCUUAUACCCAUUCCUUAACCAACAUUGUAGAAAAUCUGAAUUCGACUUCGGCUGUCGUAGAGAAGGUGGAAUGUGCUGUUUGCCUUUCCUUAAGUAAACGACAAAAACUAGACUACACUGCGGUAUUGAGGUGACUUCUUAGAGGUCACGGUAUGGAUUGUAAAAAAGUGACAUGCUAUUUAUUUAUAUGUCAGCAUAUGAAAACAAAAGAAAGAGGGAGCCACAAAUAGCAAAAUUUGAGAAAAUCAACGACAGAAAUUAUUAUAAAUAUAUCAUAUUGUAAGCACAUGUGUAUGUCCAAAAAGUAUACUAAAUAUAGCCUUUGUUUCGUUACAGUAGGUUGCACACACAUUGACCAAUGAAAAUGAGUGUUGAAUAAUUGUUCUAAAAAUAGUAACAUCUUUACAAUAAUUGUUCUAAAAAUAGAAACAAUUUGUUUUAUCUAUAAUAAGAUCGCUUCUGAUAUUUUUUGAUGUUUUAGUUCCGAUAAAAACAUUGAUAUGUGAAAAAUAACAUGUUUUUACCAUUCUUUUACAGAAGCGAAUAUGUAAUAACACUGCACUGUGUGCAGGUUUUAUAGCGUUGUUUUUUUUUAUUAAUCAAUAUUACUUAUAAAAUAUAUUUUGUUGCAAUUAUCCGACUGUAAAUCAAAAAAUAUAACUUAUUAACGAUCCGUACUUAAAUAUUUUAGCUAUCAAAAAUCAAUUAAAUGUGUUACAACAUGGCAUCAGCAUUGAUCAAAACUCAUUUUUUUAUCGUUUAUAUAUAUACAUAUCAUAGUUUUUUUUCUUGUGCCAGUAUUUCAUUUCAGGUUAAAGAAAGAUAAAAUGUUUAUAUGCAUUAAAAAGUCGCCCGUGAUGUUAAGUUUAAUUCUUUGUUAAAUUAUUUUUUGUCAAUGCUUCUAAGAAAUUUGUUUCUUGUAAUUGCACUGAAUCCAGGUGUGUUUAAAAUGCACAUAUAUAUCCACAAACGUGUGAUCGCCUACAUUGUAUGUAUUGUAUGCAUUUUCUUGUUGAAUUUUUAUGGGUCCGGAAUUUGUCAAUAAAUUUGAAACAAAAAAUA